AUGAAAUGUUUUAUUAAUAAAUGUACAUUAAAUGAUAUUGAUAAAUUAAUUAAAGUUUCAAUUAAAACUUUUUCAGAUACAUUUUCAUCAUCAAAUGAAUUAGAGAAUAUGAAAAAUUAUUUAGAGACAGCAUUUAGUAAGGAAAAAAUUGAAAAAGAAUUAAAAAAUCAAAAUUCAAGUUUUUAUUUACUUUAUAGUGGAACUGAUGAUGAUGAUGGAGUAAAUUCAAAUCAAAGUGAGGGUCCCAUUGGAUAUUUUAAAUUAAAUGAUUUAGAUGCUCAAGGUUCUGAUAAUCAUGAGGAUACUUCAAAUUCAGUUGAACUUGAAAGAAUUUAUUUAAUGAAAGAACACCAAAAAAAAGGUUAUGGACAAUUUAUGAUUGAUAAAGCAAUUGAAAUUUCAAAGAAUAAACAAAGAUCUUAUAUUUGGCUUGGAGUUUGGGAAAAAAACUAUAGCUCACUUGAGUUUUAUAAAAGAAAUGGUUUUAUUAAAUUUGGUUCUCAUACUUUUAUUAUUGGUGAGGAUCAUCAAAUUGAUCAUCUUUUAAAAUUAGAUUUAACAAAUAAAUAA